AUGGAUCCCAAUCCUGACGAUGGGCUGAAGUCCCAGAGCGGCAUGCUUCGCAGCCUCAACAUCGCCCUCAUGGUCAUCACCUCGAUUAUUCUACUCGCCCGCAUCAAGGUCCGCGCCUUCAUGACCAAGGCCCUCGGUAUCGACGACGCCUUGGCCGUUGUUGCUUAUCUCCUCGCGAUGGCCUUGUCAGCCAUGGAAAUAGUGCUGGUGAACUACGGAUCUGGUGCGCCGAUGGACGACCUUUCAGACGAACAGAUCGUCAAGUUCCUUUCGACGCUGCCCAUUAACCAGCUCCUUUUCUUCUUGGCUUGCGGCAUGGUUCGAAUCUCUAUUCUGGCCUUCCUACCCCGCCUAAGUAAAGACCGCAUCUUCAUGCGCUAUGUCUGGGCAACGGGUGCUGUUAUCGUCACCAUCACCCUCGCCGCAUUCUUCUUCUUCCUCACAGAAUGCAAACCUAUUGGCGAUCUCUUUGACGCGGGCAAGCCAGACCGUAAGUGCAUCAGCAAGGACACCGAAGCUCACAUGAUGUGGUCGCACUCCAUCAUCAGCAUCGUUGCGGAUAUUGCUCUCUUCAGCCUUCCCAUCUGGGUCAUCCACCGCAAGAUGACAUUCGGCUCCAAGGCUGUCAAGGUCAUCCUCGUGUUUUGCGUUGGUCUCAUCGCCAUUGUUAUGGGAGUUGUUCGCUUCGGCUUCAUUGUCACCACUGACUUCUCCACUAAUACUACUUACAAAAUGGCUCGCGUCAGUCCCUGGACCGUCCUCGAAGUCCACCUUGGCCUCUGGUGCGGAUGCUUCCCUGCCCUCCAACCCUUCCUCCGCCUCGUCUCCUACAAGCUCGGGCUCCGCAGCCGCCUCGACAGCACCAACAAAAAGUCUUCACGAACCGGAACCACAGCGCACUCCCGAGCCCGCGACUGGCCCGGUGCCAGUGGUUAUAUCAAGCAGGGCAGUCAUAUCGACAGAGAGAGCGAUGGCGCAAGUGCCAGAGUCUUUGUCACGGCCGGCGAUUCAACGACCGAAAUCGUGGAAAUGAACGACAUGGUCAAGGGUUCAGGAUGGCGCAAGUGCCAGAGUCUUUGUCACGGCCGGCGAUUCAACGACCGAAAUCGUGGAAAUGAACGACAUGGUCAAGGGUUCAGAAAAGGGCAUCAGAAUGCGGACUGA